AUGGUGAGCUGUGCUUCCUUUGCUAUAGUAGCAUCCCUUAUGAUAGGGAUGUCGCAAGCAUUCUUUUUGGAUACCAAUAACAAAACGAAUGUCAUUGAAAAUCUCAAUAUCGUUGCUAAAGGUUUGAUGGACUAUUACCAAGGUGACGAUUAUGGCGGGGUCGUUGGUAUGUUUCACAGUCCAUACUACUGGUGGGAAGCCGGUGGUGCCUGGGGCAGUCUUAUCGAUUAUGUCUACUACACCCAAAACGACACACUUAAACCUACGAUCAUGGCUGCGUUGAAUCAUCAAACUGGUGACGACAACAAUUAUAUUCCCCUCAAUCAAAGUACUACAGAAGGUAAUGAUGACCAGGGCUUCUGGGGGAUUGCCGUUAUGGCGGCUGCAGAGAAAAACUUUGGGACCCCCGAUGAUGAUAAAAAGGCUUACCUUGCAUUGGCUCAAGGGGUGUUCAAUACGAUGGCCCUGAGAUGGGAUGAACUGGCCUGUGGUGGUGGAUUGCGUUGGCAAAUUUUCCAAUGGAACUCCGGUUAUGAUUACAAGAAUUCAGUAUCUAACGGUUGUUUGUUCCAUAUCGCGGCCCGGUUGGCUCGAUACACAGGUAAUACAUCAUACAGUGACUGGGCUGAGAAAGUUUAUGAUUGGAUGACCGAUAUCCAAUUGUUGAAUAACACCCCUGACUUCCCUGACCAUUGGUUUGUGUACGAUGGGAUCCACGCUGACACUGGUGGGGAGGACGUUUGUCAUAAUAUGACCAAGUAUCAAUGGACUUACAAUCAGGGUUUAUUCUUGUCAGGCUGUGCAUACAUGUACAAUUUCACCGGGGAGGAGAAGUGGAGAAACCGAACUCUUAACUUGCUUACAGGUGCUGAGGUAUUCUUCAACACUACCGCUUGGAAGGGCUCUUGGGUGAUGCAGGAAGCUGCAUGUCAGAGGGUCGACAACUGCAACAAUGACCAAAGAUCCUUCAAAGCAUACUUCGCGCGGUUUUUGGGUCUCACUCUGUUAAUGAUGCCUGAAACCUCAGACAAGAUCAGAAAGUGGUUGGUUGAUCUGGCCAAUGCUGCGGCGGGUUCAUGUCUGGGUGGUACUGAUGGCGUUACAUGCGGAUUGGAUUGGACCUUGGGUCAUUGGGAUGGAAAAUACGGUUUAGGUGAGCAGAUGUGUGCUUUGGAAGUCAUGAACAAUUUGUUGAUUCAUGAAAUGCCCCCUCCUUAUACUGCUGACAACGGCGGCACUUCAGUGGGCAACCCCGCUGGUGGUUUUGGUACCAAGAUGCUUGGAACUGAUCCAUUGAAGUUAAACGGGGGUGACACAGCCGGUGCCAGUAUUAUCACUGCAUUGGUGGGAGUUUCAAUUAUUGGUGCGGGCAUAUGGUUGCUUGUGUAA